AAAAAGUUGUUAAUCUUGAGCUUUUGCGUUUCACUGUUCAAUUACACAUCAACUCUUAUCAUUGUUUAGAAUUACAUAUGUAGCGACCUUAAACUUUGCGCAGUAGAGCAUACGGCAGAGAAUUUGAAACUUAUAAAUUUUCAUUGCAUUUUGUCUUUAAUUCAGUUCGAUUUUCAACAUUCUCCAGCUAGUAUUUUGCUUCCGAUUCUCAAUCGCCUCAACAAGGAUGAAGCAGAUAUUAAUAUUCAUCGCGAGCGCUCUGCUAUUGCUGCAAUUAUCCCACGCUUUUCCCCGAACGAAACGUAAUGAUGCAGCUGUGCUUGCUCUCUUCCAAAACUCGUCUUCCGAAGAAGUUGAUUCAAAAAUUCAACUUUUGGUUAGUACUUUGGACGAUAUAGUUCAACUAUCGAAGUGGGUGCUUGAAAAGGGGAGCGUAGUAGUUAAUAAUGCUGUUAAGGAACUGCAAGUUCUUCCAGAACAAGAUGAACUUCUGCGAGCAAACAUAACACGCAUGUCAAAAAUUGCAACAGAAUCUUCACAAUUUAAACCGGAAGAAGAUGGGCAGAGUAUCUUGAAACUAUUAGAUUAUAUGGUUAGUUUUACAGAAAUGAUGGCGGACUUUGAAAACAUGCCUGACGACUCAAAACAGAAGGGCACAUUGAAGACAGCUUUGGAAAAUAGUGGUUACAAUAAGCUUGAGAAAGACUACGAGGAAAAAGUCAUACAACUCACUAAGGAUUUCGACCAGGAAUUCGGCAAAUAUGUCAGCGGAUUAUCUCCGACCGAAAAGGUUAAUGAAGCCAAAUUGCUAAAAUGGUAUGAUGACUACAAAGCUGAAACUGAUGAGGACCGGAAAUUUGACAAAUUCGGUGAUUUCUUUGACAACAUUUCCUAAAACCUAAACAUAGACAAAAUUUUUGAUUUACAUUAAUAUUCAUACUAUAAAUAGACUAUUUUUUAUAUAAAUUUUAUUUGGUUAUAUUCAUGUAUAAGUAGUUACCGUAUUAAUGAAAUAGAAAAAUCAUGUAGCGUGCAAUGGAGCUUUAUAUACACUGAAUUAUAUCUUAUUCUUCAAGUAUUUGUUAUAAGAAAGGAGUAUUGUUAUUUAAAUUAUUGAUUACCUUUCUCAGCGUUUAGGUCUUGACCAAUAACUUUCUCACUAAGGCCUCGAAGUAAUAGUGUAUUUAUUAGUAAACCAAAACCAAUUAGGCCAUAUUGAAGCCAAUAAUUUUCAGCCAGAUAAUUCCUUCCAAUAAAACAGAGAAAACAGAACUUUAGUAUGCCUUAAUAUACAUAUGCUGCAUAGCCUAGGUUAAGGCAAAAAAUCUCCCAAGUGAAUAUAACUAUAUACAAUUUUAAGCUUUAUUAUCUUUACUUAACCCUUUUUACUUAGUUCUCCUAUGAGAGUUUUUGUGAUGGUCAGUCCUUCAAGUGGGCAUUUCUACAUCGUUCUUAAAUGGAGAAAAAACUUUGAUCUGCGAACUCACACUUUUUGCCUGAUCGUAUUGAAAAUGUGCAUAUAUGUUUUUGUAAUUAUUGAUAGAUAUGCAAGCUUAUGCAGCAGCUCUUAUCAAUGCAGCUCAUGAAUUCACGUAUAUUUCUUUAUGACUUUUGUGCAUACAUACAUCCACACAUUCAUAGGUGAUUCAAUAACAAGUUAAUCUCAAAAAAAAGCAAACAAGGUAAUCAGUUCAAUUAAAUAUUUUUAACACUUGUUUAUUAGACAGAAGCUGCACUGUUUUUGAUUUAAUGUUUGUCACUUAUCACCUAUUAAUUAAAUUUCUCGAAAAAUUAAUAAAGCUUACAUACGUGCAAGUGUUACCUUGUGAUAGGAGCAUAUAAAAGGUCUUUGCAUUUGGUUUAUAAUUUAGUUCAAUUAUAUAAGUCCGUCUGUCAAUAAAUUUCUUGUCAAUUUCAGUUAUUCAACUUUUCAAAAUAUGAAACGUUUAUUAAUUCUCGUCGCUAGCGCUUUGUUGUUGGUGCAGUUCUCUAAUGCAUUGCCGCAUGUGAAACAUGUGUCCGGCGCUGUUAAUCAUGCGCAAGGGUCCUCAUCUGAAGAGCACAACGCACAAGAACUACUGAUGAUUUCUACCAUUAACGAAAUAGUUAAACUAUACAAAUGGGUGCUCGAGAAUGGCAGCGUAAUCGUUAAUAACGCUGUUGAGGAACUUAAUAAAAUUCCGGUCAAAGAUGCUCUCUUGCAAGCGAAUAUCACACGCAUGUCUAAAAUCGGAACUGAGGUUUCUCUAUUCAAACUGGCAUCAGAUGACAAAAGCGUUGUAAAACUUUUGGAAUAUAUGGUUAGUUUUACCGCAAUGAUGGACGAUUAUGAGCACAUGCCCAUCGAUUCGAAAUUGAAACUCACUCUGAAGACAGCUUUAGACAAUAACGGAUACAAUAAAUUCGAGAACGAAUUCGAAUUGCGUGUCCUGGAGUUGUUUAAGAAUUUCGACCAUGCAUUUGCAGAAUAUGUGAAGACUUUGACUCCGGAAGAAAAAGUAAAGGAAAGCAAAUUACUUCAAUGGCAUGAAGACUUCACAGCUGAAACCGAUGAAGAAACGAAACUUGAGAAGUUUGGCGAACUAUUUGUUUAAAUUUCCAGAAAUGCCUUUGACUACGAAAAUAAAGUUGAUUUAAGAAAUUA